ACAAUCCUUAAAGUUAACAAUUUCUUUGUGUGUGUUUUCCUGGACUUUGCUGUCAGGCUUUGUUCGAUUAGCUUCAAUCCCACAACUUUAUUUCAGUCUCCCCUUUCCCAGUUCUAAUUUAUUCUCGGACUAGCAAACAUCUUUUCGUAUUUUUUUUUUUUAACUUUGGAAAUUCUUAACCUUUGUUUCGAUAAAAACAAUUUUUACCCACCCUCACCAAAAAUGAGUGCCUCACGUCGUUUGACACGGGAGCUGGCCGAUCUGCUUGAAUCUGGCAAAAAGAAAACUUGGUGCAACAUUCAGGCCAGCGAUGAAUCCAUAAUGGUGUGGAAGAUUCUGCUGGUGCCAGAGCGUCCGCCCUACAAUAAGGGUGCCUUUCGCAUUGAGGUGAACUUUCCCGACGAGUAUCCCUUCCAGCCACCCAAGGUCAUCUUCAAAACGAAGAUCUAUCAUCCCAACAUCGAUGAGAAGGGCCUGGUGUGCCUGCCCAUCAUUAAUUCGGACAACUGGAAGCCCACAACCAGCACAGAGAAGAUUCUGGAGGCACUGGUGGGCAUCCUGCAUGAACCAGAGCCACAGCAUCCGCUGCGCGUCGAUGUGGCCGAGGAGUUUGUCACCGAUCACAAGAAGUUCAUGAAGAAUGCGGAGGAGUUUACCAAAAAGAAUGCCGAGAAGCGUCCAUCAUAGGCGUCAACAGUGCUGGGAAAAAAAUCGUAUUUGUUUUAGUCCGAAAAUUGUCAAAAUUAUAAAAUUGCUUAAAGCUUAAAACAAAAAUUGUAUACAUAUAAAGUA